CAAGUUUCAUCUUCACGAAAUAAGACGCAGUGGGCUAAUUCCUCCCGCUCCGCGUUCUCAUUUCCGCAGUCGCAGGAGACAUAAAAAUUCAGUGAAUAAAAAGCAAAACAGUGCAAUAAAAUGAGAUACAACUUCGAGUUGACUGAUUCAAAUCCUGACUCUUCUCGGCGAUCCCUCACUCCUAAAGAAGAUGUCCAGUGGGUCCCACUCAAGUCCCACCCGGUUUUUACCUCCUCCUCCUCUUCCGCCGUAGCCGACGGAGACGCUCCGAGGAACCUGUUGGCAUGGGACGGGACUUCACGGUUGUAUUAUUGGGAUUCGAACAAGCGCUGCCUCCAUCGCAUUUCUGUUCGGCUUGGCGAGCCAGAACCUACGUCAGUCCUCGCCGCUACUCCUUCUAAGGUAUUGCAAGCAGAUGUACGGAUUGACUUUGUUGUUAAUAAAAUCUCAAUCAAUGGAGAUGGCUCUGCGUUGCUUCUGGCUGGUUCAGAUGGUCUAUGUGUUAUGUACCUCUACGGAAGAAAUUCUACUAAGAAUAACACCAUUGUUUGCAGGACUGUUUCAAUCGGUUCCCAAAUCUAUUUCAAUGAAAACAAUGUGAUACGCACACUACAAGUUUCAUGGCACCCUUACAGCAAUACACAUUUAGGAGUCCUUUCUUCUGACUCAGUUUUCAGAUUAUUUGAUCUGUCUUUGGAUCUCCUGCAACCAGAGCAAGAGUAUUAUCUACAGCCAGUUGAACCAGGUAGUUCCAGAAAUGCUGCAGCAAUAUGCCCUGUAGACUUUUCGUUUGGAGGAGACCACAUGUGGGACAGAUUUAGUGUUUUUGUAUUAUUCAGCGAUGGUUCGACUUACAUCCUUUGCCCUAUUGUUCCAUUUGGAAGUAUCCACAAAUGGGAAUCAGUGUUGGAAAUAUAUAGUGAUGCUCACACGUUUGGGUUGAAAUCAGCAAAUCAGACAGCUAUUAGUAAUUCUAGUCUUGCAAUCUCUUGGCUGGAAGCAACAUUUCCUGAGUUAAAUGAUGAAGCAAUUGAAGAGGAAAAUACAUCAGUAUUAAAAGCUCGUCCCUAUGCUUUAUUUGAUGCUUCUCUUUGCUUACAGGGGCCACUUCGGAAAGUGCAUCAUGAUGGGGAAGAUGAUAAUUCAGCUGUUCGGGUUGCAGAAUGUGAAGGUCGUGCAGUCAGUUUUCUCUAUAAUAUAGUCAGCAAAGAUUCAAUUUUGGUGACUGCAUGGAGUGGGGGACAAUUGCAAAUAGAUGCCCUAGCUGAUGAAAUCCAGCCGGUCUGGAUUGUUGGUAGCCCGCCUCGUCUUCGUGUCAACUCCCAUGACCGUAUUCUUGCUCUUGCUAUGAUUUGUGAAUCAAUCUCAGGCGAGAUUCAUGUUGUGAAGAUUGAUCAACCACUUGAUCAUACUGUUUGGUUAGGUCAUCCACCACCUUUGAUGAGACUUGCAAUUGUGGAUUUGGCUUUGCCUAGGAAAACAGAAGAUGGAUCUAAUAUAAUGUUGUUUAGUGAUCCUCUUGUGCCUGAAAGGAUCUAUUCAGUUCAUUAUGGCGGGAUAGAUUCGAUAGUAUUGCAUUUUCUUCCAUUUACAAAUCAGUCCAGUGGCAAGGAUGAGACUAUCAGAACUCCCUCAGUGCAUCCUAUACUUAGCACAUGCCAGGCGGAUGACUCCUCACCUUUGUGUGGUUUUGCAGCACUAUCAGACGCAUUUGGUUACUCAUGGAUUGUAGGAGUCACUUCUAUGCAAGAAUGUGUUGUGCUAGAGAUGAAAACUUGGAAUUUAUUGCUUCCUAUGCUUGUUGAUCUGAAGAAGAAAUCUCCAGGCUUUGAAGAACGGAAAGAGGGAAAUAUGCCAGAUAUCAUAAGCAAAGAACUCCUUAGUGGUCCUAAGGUGGUUCUUGUUCCUCAGACCUCACCCAAUCUUCGGUCUGUUUCUGCUGAUUCUAUUGAAGGCCGAUCAACUCUACAUCAGUAUUUCAAGCUUUUCCAUGAAAAUUAUGUUGAAUAUGCUCAUAAGGUGAGAAUGCUUCAUCCUGUAUGCAUUUUAAUAUCAACUCACUUAUUUAGGUCAUAUCUCUUUGGAACAAACCUGUGUUUUCUAUUUGCCACCUCUGAUGGUUCUAGCUUGUGGAAGAGAAGAUAUUUUCAAAAACAAUCAUGGACCGGUAGGAGGCAACAUUAUAACUGACGUUAUGAAAAACCAAUAGUUAAUUCUAAGCAGCUAAACGGAACUGUUAUGA